AUGGCUGAAGUAAAGGAAGUUGGACCAGCACUCAUAGGAAAUGUUUAUACAGUGGUUCUGUCACAGAGAAACAAAGAAAUGUUGCAACUUGAGGGCUACCUUUAUCAUCUGGAAUGUAGUCGAGGAAGCAUUACUGGAGUUUGUAUAUUUUGUCUGUACUACAGGGAAAAAACUCCUGUCCAGAGUGGUGUGACAGCAUCAGUGAAGCAGAAAUAUCUGAUCAUCUUUGACUUUGAUGAAACUAUUAUCAAUGAGAACAGCGAUGAUUCCGUUAUCCGUGCUGCCCCAGGUGGUACCCUCCCAGACUGGCUGCGCAACAGUUUGAAGGAUGGCUUUUAUAAUGAGUAUAUGCAACAUGUUUUUGAGUAUCUUGGUGAGCAGGGUGUGCAGGAAGAAGCUAUUCGAAAUGAAUACAGCAAAAUUCCUUUGUCUCCUGGAAUGCUCAAUAUAUUUAAUUUUCUAAUGAAGAAUUCUGGCCUUUUUGAAAUUAUCCUGAUCUCUGAUGCUAACAUGUUUGGCAUUGAAGCUACUCUUAAAGCCAUAGGUUUUCAUUCCCUCUUCCGGAAGAUAUAUACUAACCCAGCCCACUUUGAUAAAAGAGGAUACCUUGUUCUGAGACCCUACCAUUCUCACACCUGCACUAAAUGCCCUGCAAACAUGUGCAAACGAAAAAUUGUCACAGAGUACUUGACAGAGAGAGCGCAGCAAAGUGUCAAGUUUGAAAAGAUGCUCUAUGUGGGAGAUGGAGCCAAUGAUUUCUGCCCUACUGUGGUCUUCUCGUCAAAUGAUGUUGCCUUCCCAAGAAAAAACUACCCUAUGCACCGGCGUAUUCUUGAAAUGCAAAAAAGUCAGCCUAACGUUUAUCAGCCGACAGUCAUCCCUUGGCAGUCUGCUGAUGACGUCAUAUAUUACUUGCAAAGAUUGUUGCAAACUUAAGCGAGAAGGCAGGGAAAAACCUGACACUGAUCUAUGGUUUAGUAAGACUUGCAUCUGAAAUUCGUGUCUUCUGGACAUUAUAGAUGUCUUCAUUAUUUUCUGUGUAUAGUCAAGAGAAUGGUAUAUUAAUGCAUUUUCUUCUGAAGACAUGUGGUAAUGCAUGUCUUAAGAAGGAUGUUUUAAAAAAAGUAUGCAUUCACCAAAAGGAAAAUGCGAGGUUUUUAAAGCACAUCAGUAAAUUUCUUAUAAUAGAAACCUUGCAUGCUUGCCAAUCAAACUGCUUACAAUUUUUUAUAGACCCUAGAAAGAAAGCUGCAGUUUGGUUCCCUAAAAUCUGUUCACAUUAAUUUCUUUUGUUUCCUGGUACAUCUGCAAAGUAUGGGCAAUUUUUAGGAUUCACAUUCUGCAACAUUACUAAGCAGAAAAUAUUGGGACAUAUUUCAAAAAUAUGGGUUGUUUGUAAAAUUCAGACUUUGGCAUGUCAGAGCUCUGUAGGAGGCAUUUUACCUGCUGACUCUUACCUUGCUAGGUAAACAAUGGCCGUUAUGUAACUGAAGGGCAAACUGGUUUCUAAAAGCUAAGGCAAGAUCCCUUCCUAAUUAGGAACAGUGCAUAUUAAGAACCAAAAGUAAGAAUAAAAUUAGAUACAUUUGAUUUUGAGGUCAAUAAAGCUUGUUUACACUUUGUAAUUAUACUAUCACAAAGACUACAUUUUAAUGAGAGAAAAGUAUGCAGAGAUUUAGGUUAUUUUCCAUACAAAUACAGUUUCAAUAGUGAAAUCUACAAAGUAUGUGCUGCUAUCCUGUUAUUAUCUGUCUAUCCUUAUGCAGCAUUUCACUACCUCUGGUUUGCUUAGCUUAUCUGUGAUGUACGAGAGUUACAACACGCUGGUGUAAUAAAUUAUGAAGGAUGCCCAUAUGAUGCCAGAAGUCUUGCAAAUAACUUGUAUUCUGUUUAUGAUCAAACAAGGACUAGUAUAAAUUAAGAAAGGGCCCAGAGAGUGAAUAUUCAGAUUGGCAAGCAGAUUUUCAUGCUCUUAUGUCAUUUUUCAGUCAUGGAAAUGAACAUAAUAUGGCUUUUAGUGACAUCGUAAUGCUCCUGUCUGAAAUGUUUGCAACUGAUUUGCAAAGUGUAAACCCCUUCAAAAAAUGCAGGUAAUACCUACCACCACUGUUUGUCUGUAAAAAUGGUUCUUAUUUGACUAACUAACUGAAGCUACUGCUUGAAAAUAAAUAAUCAAAAUGAUUGCUUACGAAAAACAGAGAAUGCCAAAUUGCACAUUGUAGACUGAGAAGUAAUGUAAACUAAAGAAAAAAACUUGCUGUGAGUCAGAGAAUUAAAUGAAUGAUAACUUGUGUGUUCAGGGGGGACAAGCCUCCCCCCCACGCACCUUAUUAUUCUGUCUUCAGAGUUACACAACCUUGACAUAAAGAUACAUAGUUUUCCACAAACCAAUUACUUCCUUAACUCCAAAGAUGUACAACUUUGGAGUUAGAAUAAAUAGAGGGAAUGGAUGCUACAUCCUUCCUAGUUGUUGUUGCUGAGAGGAUUGCUUCCUUGCAAAAAUUUGAUUCAUAGUAUAUACUGUGUAUGUUUUUUCCCCUUUAGUUAACGUUACCGGUUACCUCGAUAUGGUACUGACCUUGUUGUGCAUGUUGUUAAAUUAGGCUCUUGAAAUUUAAUGGCAUUGUUUUAAGAAGUUGAGUCAAAAUAGAUACUACAAAAAAUAUCCACCCACCUCAGCAUCACUUGGUUGUCUUGAUACUUCCUUUAAGCAAAUAUAAUUAGCAUCAAGCUUGACUUGAAAAUGGGGGUACACGUGAGGAUGCUGUGAUGCAGUUUUCUGAGCAGUUUAUGCAGCAUACAUAGACAGAUCUAUGCUGUUGUAACACCUCAGCGUAAGCCUUAUAAAAUGCGCCAAGAUGUUACUAAAUAAAUAUUAAUCUGCUGCAUUUGUUCAGAGCCUCUCAGUUCAGGACAUGUUGUGUGAAUCAGGUUAGUCCAACAUACAUAGGAUAAAAUGUUGGAUAUUUCCAGUUAUGGGGGCAUGUGCCAUUGAGAUGAACAAACAGAUCUGAAACAUCAGUCUUAAGGAAUGAUUAAUCCUCCCUCGAUUGGAACACACCCUUUAAUAUCCUACUUGACUUUUUUAAUUCAUUCAUAUUUCUUCAUAUUCACUAGUUUUGUCAUGAUUUAGUUUUGGUAAAGAAAAUACAUACAUCAUUCUGCGCCAGGAAUUACUGAAACAAAUAUGCAGUAAAAUAAUUUUCUUGACCAAGGCGCAUUAUACAGUCAUAUAUUUUAUGCUUAAUAUUACAUGGCCUGGUGCCAAACUCAGUCUGCAAAAUAAGCCUCUUAUAAAAAUUAGUAUUUUAGUAUUUAUUUGAAAUGUGCAUCAAAACAAAUGAGUCAUGUAAAAAACAAUACUAACGGCUAUUAGUUGCAUACGUUACAAACAAUAUUAUGUAAUUUUGGCAAUAUAAAUGCAAUAAACCACACAGGGUAUGCAAUAAUGUGUUUCAAUGACCCUGACUGGGAAAUACUUGAGAAUUUUUUACAUGUCUUGUUUGCCAACUAGAAUGUUUAUAGAAUGGGGGGGGGGGUGCUGCAUUAACAUUUAGCAGAUUUAGCAUUUUACUUUGGUAGUGUUCUGCAGUAUUCUGAAAAAUCUGUACAAUGUAAAUUUGACAAAUCAGUUAACUAGUUCCAGGAACAUAAUACACCAACAAUUCUCUCUGCAGAAAAUAUCUUUGUUGUUGAGCACUUUCAUCAAAACGAAAACAUUCGAUAGUAAAGAGAUUUUCUGCGGUGAGAGUAGAUGGUGCAUUUUGUUAUUGGUUUCAAUAUUCCAACUUAGCUAUGGCUUUUCGUGGAUUUUCUUGUUUGGUAUCAGUUCCAGAAAGUCAGCAACCUGUCAAAAGCAUCAUGCUUUUUCAUUUUUACUUUACUGUUGUUAAUGCUUUGCAGUUACUGUAGGGGAGGUGGAGUUUUUUUGGACCACUAAUAACAGCUGUUGGCGCCUUGCUUAUUAAACAGCUGAAAGUUCAAGGUACAAUAUUACCAUCUACUGAUAAGAUAUAGUUAGGCAUUCCAAAGUAAAUGCCUAGCUAAAGAACUAAGACAACAUGGCUGAUGCCAAGUAGAUUAAUUUGAUUUUUGCUGAGUGGGCAGAAUCCCUCCCUCUUUUUCCCAUUCAGGGGGCUCUGCAUCUGUAGCCCUUAAUUAUUACAAACAGGUUAUUCCACCUCGGGGGAGAAGGGGAAAGCCAGGUAAUUCAUUAAUGAUUGUCUUGUCUCAUCUGAUAGUACAUUUCAGCGGUAUGGCAUGUGACCAUAUGCUCUGCUCUCCCUGAAUAGUUGGCAAACAACACUGUUAUUCUUUUACCAUUUAGUUUUCAUUCUGUACUCAGUGCUUGACAGACUGAUUUCUGCUGUAAAUCCUUUCCUUUCACAUGCCAACACCACAGUAUUACUUUGGUUGGAAAAUAGGUGAGUAAAAUAAUAUGCAAUCCCAUCCCCCCACCUAAACUUUUUUGAGAAUAGGGUCAUCAUGCUAGUUGCAUAAGUUUUGAAAUGAAGUGGCCAUAUGUCAGGACAUUUGUCCUCUAUCAAAGAUGUAGUGAACUGUGUUGUCAGUUAAUUCUGUUUGUAAGAUGUGCUGUCACCCUCUUAGCAUGCCAUCUCUCUAGGACUCACCGAAAGAGGUUGGGGGUGUCAGCCCCCUUACAAAUUCAGUUUACAGAAAGUAUAGUUUGCCAAUAUGGAUGCUGUGACGUGUAAUGUGUUUAUUGACAUGUCAUGCUAGCAAGCAAGAAUGAUUUAUGUUUAAAUGGACAUGAUGAUCUUAGCAACAAUCCUAAGUGUUAUAUCAUUUUAUGUUUCUGGAAAGUAUGCUGUUAUGCCACAUUUUCUUAGUUUAGAGUGUCUGAUGUUUUUUUUUUUGACAAAGAUGUGCUGUAGAGAUUAACAAAAAACUCCAUCUGCCUUUAAAUAUCAUAUUUUCAUAAUUUAUUUUUUAUUUUUGUGUGAAUUUGUUACACUAUGGCUAACCAAGGCACUAUAUGUAACAUCUCCUAUAGAUUGAAGACAUUACAAUACUGUCCAAAGUCAUUAGUUUAUUGAGUGAAACAGUACACAAGUGCAUUUUGUAAGGAAGGAUUUUAGCAUUAAGCAGCAGGGAUUUAUGGGUGGAAUUUAUAAAUACAGAAUUCAUCGUGUAAGGGCAGUGUACCCAGAAAUGGUGUGUAACAGAAAGCAGUGAUGUAACAGCCAGAUGUCAUUUGCAGACAGCCUGAAGGGCCUAGCUCUGAAGAUGUAUGUAUCUGAGUACCAUUGACACCAGUCAUCUGCAUUCCAUUUGUCACUUGUCUCUUCAGACUGCAUAAGGCAGGCAACACAACCCACAAGGGCUAAACUAGUGCUCCAUAUGUCAAAAUAUCAGUGCAAUGCAGUACACUUGGGAAGAGCAGCCUACAUCCAUAAAUCAUAAAGUACAAGCCAUACUAGGCAACAGAAAUACCGUAUCCAGUAAGUAGUCACAUACAGCUGAUGUGGACCUAAACUGCAGUACCCAUGUUCACUCCCCAAAUGUAGCAUCAUUCACUGGUGAUCUCCCAAUCACUGUAUGAGAUGAACAAACUGUUGCAUACAACAGUGAGUGUGUGUGUGUGUGUGUGUGUGUGUGUGUGUGUGUGUGUGUGUGUG